AUGCACGAAGCAUUGGACCUGGCCAGACACGGCGACGACAACGUAAAUGCCGCCGAAUUGCAUCUAGAACAAUUCCAGCAUUGGGAAGAAGAACUUCGUCAACGCCGCGAAGAAGGCGUAUCAUCUCCCACGGACAGCGAAGACGAAAGCGAAACGGAUGAACAAGGAAUAACCUCCACUGACGAAAAAGAAUGGGCGAAGAACCAUUCGGACGACGAAGAAACAGCAUCAGUAACCGAACUAUGCGAGGUCAAUGAAUGGAUGAAGAAGUUCCACCAAUAUGUGCCAAAGGAUGCAUGGCAACCUAGCACCCUUGAAGAACUCUUCUCGUACAUACCAAAGAACGCGAACUGGUACCAUGAACUGGAACAACGAGUCAAUCAGGCAAAAAACGACAGAAACCACCUGUAA